GCCGCGCACGCGCGGUAACGGUAGAAUGGUGGAGUUGGUACCUGUUGCGGUUCCCGUCGCGGGUGACAAAACCUUGCUGGUGUGGGAGCUGAGCUCUGGACCCACGGCCGAGGCCUUGCAACAUUCUGUGUUCACAGUCUUCUCCCAGUUUGGCCUUCUGUAUUCGGUCCGAGUCUUCCCAAACGCAGCAGUGGCCGGUCCUGGGUUCUAUGGCAUCAUCAAGUUUUAUUCAGCAAGGGAUGCCCACAGAGCCCAAAAGGCAUGCGACCAGAAGCAGCUUUUCCAGACAUCUCCAGUGAAGGUUCGUCUCGGCACCAGUAAUAAGGCGGUUCAACAUAAUACGCUUGCCCUAAACAGCUCCAGAUGCCAAGAAUUGGCAAAUUACUACUUUGGUUUCAAUGGGUGGUCAAAAAGGAUCAUCAAGCUUCAGGAUCUUUCUAACCUUGAAGAAAGGGAAAAGGAAGAUAUUGGGACACCACUUCAGAAGCAAAGCCUCAAGUUCUUCUGUGCUUUAGAGGUGGUGUUGCCCUCCCACGAGUGCAGGAGUCCUGGAGUUGGCAUGGCUGAGGAACCUUUGGAUAAGAUGGAGGAAGGGUCAUUAUCAUUCCUUAUGAAAAGGAAGGUAACCCAGAAGCUCGUUAUUCAGAAUGCUAUGACAGAUGCAUUCCAGAAACUGCUGAUUGUGGUUUUAGGUGGUCACAAACCACCGAGCUGCUGUGACAAAGUGAGAGAGUGGCAUGGACAUAUAUACGCAACAUUUUCGAAUAAUUGUAAGGUGUGUUCCCCUCCCGCCACCCAACUGGUGCUCAUUUUGCUGGUCAGCAACUCUUCUUGUCAGCCGUGUGGCCAAAGGGAGGAAGAAUGUGUCUCAGACUUCAGCUCUGAGGAGGAAGAGUUCAGAUUGCCAGAACUGGAUUAGCACUUUUGAAUUUCCCAGAAUGCCACGUCCUGUGGUUUCCUUGGGAAGCUCUGCAUCCUUCCCAACCCCUCUCCACCCCUGGGCUGCUGGAGUUUGGGGCCACUCGGGUCUGCAGCCCAAAUCCCGCCUCAGUGUUUGGGGCCAGGGAGGGCAGGGAGGGGUUGGGAAGAGGGCCCGGCAGGAGAUAAGUGUCGCCUUUGCAAGGGGAAGGAUGGCUUGGGCCCUGGGGACUCUGGGCAAAAGGCCCACUCUGGUGGCGCGGAUUGGAUCUCCGCACUAACCUAAUAAAGGUGGCGUAACUACAGAUGUCAUAAAUAACGGGUGGAACGUUAGGCGGGGGAGGGGCGCGCGGUUGCUAACCUGAGCGCUCGCGUCGGCGCUGGCAUAGCGGUUCAGCUCGGACACAGGAUGUGGCUCCGGCUCCUCACUGGCCUGGGUCACUGUGCCUGGGAGCCGCCGCACGUUAUGUCCCGGCUACGCCUUUGGUUGCCACGGCUCUUCCUCACGUGGCUAAAACUGUGGCUUCAAGUCCAGGCAGUUCAGCCUCCGGAGUGGGCCCUGGGCCCCGUCCAGGUGACCCCCAACCCCCCGCGGCUGACAGAGGCUUGGUCUUCAUACGCCUCAGACCCCCCUCCCAAAUUGCCCCAUGCCCUUACACCCCUGGCAGAAGCCGAGGGCUUUAAUUACUUGACGUCCUGGUCUCCAUUCGAGAUGUUGGCCCCGCCUCAUCAGGAGUUGACUGAGGCUGAGGCUCCAUACGCGGACACGGAUUCCGCGAGUGUAGUUUUCUCUCCAGAGCAUCCCGUGCCGACAGUUUCUCCUCCAGGUCAGGAUCAAGCUCAGCUUCUGCAGCGGCCCGAUGUCUCUGUUAAACCUGUGGGUCUUGCACUUAUCGUAACUCCAGCGUUCACUAAUGAGCUUGAAACUCCUCCACCCCAACAAGAAACCUCGGCUCAGUCUACAGUGUCCUCUGAGCAGUUGGAACCUUUGUCAGUCUGGCAGGAAUUUUCAGAGCAGCAUCCAGUCCCCUCUGAAAAUGUUGAACUUUUUCCAGUUCACCAAGGAGCCCCAAUUCAACCACCAUACCCCGAGGUGACAUUUCCAAAUCCAGAGCAAGUUCAGGCUCACCACCCAACUUUGAUUGAGGUCACAAUUCAACCAUUGGACCUUGGACUGACCAGAAGGCCAGAACCCACUAAGGAGGGUGAACCUUCUCCAGUCAUGCAGGAGACCUUAACCCAGCCUGCAGAACCACCUCAGGAGGUUUUUGUAGCUCAGCCUCCAGUAUAUCACAAUCCAAUAGUUCCAACACCGCAUCAGGAUCACACUGAGCCUCCAACAUCACCCAGUAUCACAGUUAAACCUUUGAACCUGGAGCUGACCACAACUC